CUGGCGAGAACAGUGCUCGGCUCGCUGGAAUGCUCGUCGCUGGGCCCGCCUCCGCAAAUACCGCGCGGCCCUGCUACGCGGGCACCCCGCGCGGGUUUGCUGCGGCUACGCUCCUCGCAACCGCGAGCCUCCGUUGGUCCUCUUCUAUAUCACAUUCACCCCCCCUCGACCCCCAUCAAAAAAAGACUGUGUACGUAA